AUGGACGCAAUUCUCGCUAGCUUGACCGAGCAGCCAAAACACUUCCCCGACUGCUGCUGUGCCAUCAGCUCCACGCUGAUCUCGACCCUCUUGGCCCGUCUGCCCCGUGGAGAGGCCUCAUUGGUGCUCAGUAUCGGAGCUGGCAGCGGCAUGCUCGAAGAGAUCCUUCGUCGCACAUCCCUGCCCGAAUCGUUAAAUCUCUUCGGUAUCGAGGUCGACAAAUGUCCAAACAAAUAUCUACCUGAAGAUCGGAUGCUCAGAGUCCCGAGCACCACCGACUUGCAUCACGAUGGUUUGAUGGCCGAGAUCUUCCUGUUCGUCUAUCCCCGCAAGUCAUCUCUGAUUUCCGCACACCUUCAAGCUUUCGUCAGAGGCGCUCUGCAAACAGUCUUUUUGAUCACAAGCCGACACGAAUGGGUCGAGUUUGCGCCCAUCCUUGAGCGUGCUUUUUCAAAUGUCGAGAUAAUACAAGACUGUGGCCUUCCUGCCUACGAAGUGCUGGCAAUAGCCUCUCGCCCACUACUUGCGCCAUUGGUCCCUGAGGCUGGCUGA